CUCGCGCAACGCCGACCUCGCAGAAAUCUUGCAUUAACAAUAAACCGCUUAUCUCUCUGAAUCGUAACAUAUAAAACCUCUCCCAUUCUUCCCUUCCCCCACGAUCUCGAGACCGUACAUGAAUUCCCACCUCUCCCAAACCACCCGCAGCAUCCUCCGCACGACCUCCGCCCUCGCCAGAGCAGCAUCCCCGUUCCGAUCCUCCAACACAGGGACAAUACCCCACCAAUUGCGCAAUCUGCUCCACCGUCAACACGCCAACAUGUCCUCCUCUGUCUCCCAGCGCCUCAAGGGCAAGACGAUCUUGAUCACGGGCGCGAGCUCCGGCAUCGGAAAGGCGACCGCCCUCGAAUUCGCCCGCACGAGCCCAGAAGACCUGAAGCUCAUCCUCACCGCGCGGCGCAUCGACACGCUCAAGGAGAUCGCGGCCGAAAUCGAGGGGUUCGCAAAGGGCGUCAAGGUGCUUCCCGUUAAGCUCGACGUUAGCAAUCCUAAGGAGGUUGCCGGGCUCGUAGACGGCCUGCCCGCUGAGUUCAAGGAGGUCGAUGUGCUGGUUAACAAUGCCGGCCUCGUAAAAGGUGUAGCCCAAGCGCCCUCCAUCGCCGCCGAAGACAUUGACGUCAUGUUCGCGACCAACGUCACCGGCCUCAUCAACGUGACCCAAGCCAUCCUCCCGAUCUUCAAGAACCGCCCCGACGGCGGCCGCGGCGACAUCAUUAACAUUGGCUCAAUCGCAGGCCGCGAGCCCUACCAGGGAGGCUCCAUCUACUGCGCGACAAAAGCCGCCGUGCGCUCGUUCACCGACGCGCUGCGCAGGGAACUCAUUGCUUCCCGCAUCCGCGUCAUUGAGAUCGAUCCCGGACAGGUGGAGACGGAGUUCAGCGUCGUGAGGUUUUACGGUGAUAAGGAUAAGGCGAAGAAGGUUUACGAGGGUGUCGAGCCGUUGACGCCGGAUGAUAUCGCGGAGGUGGUUGUGUUUACAGCGGGCAGGAGGGAGAACGUCGUCAUUGCUGAUACACUGAUUUUCCCUAAUCACCAGGCCGCGGCAACCGUCAUGCACAGGAAGACUCAGUAGAAGAGCUAACCGCCACAACAGGCUGGGGCGGGCACCGCUAUGUAUAGAAAGCCGGUAUCGAAGUCGAACAAGCUAUAGACGAGAAAAGAAGGGAAUUGACACUAAACCUCAGUGCAAUAUCGAGAGAAGCCAGCAUAUGCAUGAUCUACACAUCACAUCACAACCACAUAGAACAACAUCUUAACAAGAAAUGUAAAAAGACUCAUCGAAC